GCUACUCCUCUACCACAUAGCGCAGCAUCCAGAAUGCUCUCGCAACGCACGCUGUCGACGCGAAUACCAUCGCUGCGCCCUCUCCGCCCACCGAGUACCUCGAAACGCACACAGCGACCGUUCACCAGGCUCACGCCGCCACGGCCUCAGCUUCCAUAUCUGGCCCAGACUCAUCAACGCCCGCUCAAUGGUCCUUCAGGACAACUCGCUCGCCUACUUUCCAGCAGCAACCGCAGUUUUGUGAAGCAGCAGUUCUACCUAGCUGCGAAGUGGACCGUUCUAGGAUGGACCUUUCUCGUCCUCGGCGGCAUCGCCUACUUUGGCGUGAAUAUUGAGAUGGAUGAGCGCACAAAUCCGACACCAAGUGAGUGGCGAUGGCAGACAAGGCAGUUGAUGAGAGCUGCAAGAGUCUUCUCCGAUGAGGAACAAGCUCUGCGGAGCGGGACCGGCAUUGUGGACUGGGCUCAGGUUGGGACCACUGCGCUGAAGCUUUUAUCGAGAUUGGAGGACGGAAACUAUGAGGGCAAAGGGCUACAUGAGAUAUUAGGAGAUGAUGAAGGUGAAAUACUCAUUCCUGGAGUUGGCAAGGCUGGAUACGAUAUCAGCGAAAAGAGCUGGCCAUGGAAGGCAGGCUACGUCGAGGCUCUAAUGCUGUGCGCAAAGGCCGCCGAGCACCUGGAUGGCAUGGUUCUGGAUCGGACAAGGAAUCUUGUAUUUCCCAAGGAUGUCGUGAUUGGACCUUCGAAUCCAGAUCCCAGACCCACACCUCCUUACAUGAAAGCUGCGCCUCGAGAAGAGGACUGCGUGAGGCCGUAUCCUGCGCCUGAGACCUUCUACAUGAAGAUAAUCACUGGAAAAGGAUUCACCACAGGCCAGCAAUUGGAAGCUGCGCUGGGUUUUGCGAAUUGGCUGGAAUUUCAAGGUACGAAUGAUGCGGCUACCGAGAUGUACAGAUGGGCCGUGGACAUUGCAAAGGCUGGUCUGAAAGCUGAAAUUGGGCAAGCUGACGUGCUUGACGAGAAGACCUACGUUCUGAAGGAAUCUGCUACUGCUGAUGUAACGCUAAAUAUUCUCAAGGCUACGACAGCGUUGGCUAGCCAUCAUGCCCGGACCGGACACAUCGAUCAAGCGCUCCCAAUUCUGCUGUCAGUCCUCCGUGCACGACGGACUGCGCCUGUUUCGCCGUUCCCUCCUCCGCCAACGACAGGCGCUUCGAAUUCGACUUUAUGGAGUCUCAUAUUUGUGCCACCAAAGUUCCCGGAUCCACCACAAAGCGGCGACAUUCCAGUCGUUCGUCCCACUCCGCAGCCGACGUGCGGGGAGAGCGAGUUGAUGCUUUACAUUGGUGAAAUUCUGUUCACAGGCUCCAGCUCGAACACCGAGGAAGGUCUAAGCUGGACGAAGCAGGCCGUCACAAUUGCAGAUGGCCAGCUGUCGAAUAAGGACACUGUCGAGGUAAACACGGCCGAGGCUGAGAUUGAGAAGAAGAAGUGCAAGGAAUGUCUUCUCACUGGAGUCGGAAACUGGGAGCUCAUGGUGCAGAGGCUUCUUGAACAGUCAGAGCAGGCGCCCACGCGGCCCAGCUCGUGGAAGUUCUGGCAGUCUCGUGGUACUAGUGCAUCAUCCACCAGGAAGGAGGAACUUGUGAAUGACCAAGCUCGAAUCGAUUCGCUUAAGGAUCGUAUCAUCAGGGAAGGCAUGAAUCAUAGUGUGUCUGGGGGCCAGAACACUGGCAUUUGGUUUGGAUGAAGCUGUUCAGCAAAUGAAAGGUCAUGAUCCCGGAGCUUUCCGUCCAGCUCGUAAAGACGCUGUGCUACGUCUGUAAGCACGACACAGCACUUGCAAGAGGACAGACAGCACCCAAAGAGCCACAUUUCACAGACUCCGCUCCCGUUCAAAUGCAAGCCAACAAGCGCUAUGGCCAUCUGCGAAGGACGCAUUGGCGCUAUCACGAACUCACAUUCGAGUGCUGUUUCAGACCGAUGGAACCGCAUCUUCCAUAGCGCGGCGAACCCGAUUUGCCAAGGGGGCUGGAAACGAUCCAGAAGUCAGCGUGGUGGGCUACUUGUGACACAGCCUGAGAUGAGUCGCGCAGUCGGAGGAAUCUAGCCAUUGCUGGUGGCCGAAAGUAGAAAACACGACGGUAUAGCAUGUGUCAUUGAGGAGAUUUGGACCGAUAUCUGCUACUUGCAUCCAACGAAUCCGGGUUUCCGUUCAUCUCAAAGGAGCCAGCUCAGUGUCACCUGGUCUUGUUUAUGUGAACACGCACAUAUAGGAGAUAACUUAGUGGCUACACGGACAGCGAGCCGAGACA